AUGUAUUACCCGAUAACGAAAAAUGAACCUUACCACUCAACUUUGCUAUCGUUAAGUUUAUUGGGCUUGUACCCCAGAUCAUCAUCAGCAGCAGAUUUGAACGUUUCACUGGCAGCCACCGUCGGCACCAUCGUUUUCGGUUUAAUGGUUUGUAAUAUCGGAGGAAUAGGCCAUUUAAUUGUAUCUUUCAAAGGAAAUAAAGGCGCGGAAAUGACCGAGGAUUUGGCUGUAGCGGUAGGCGGUUUGGGCUUUUUAUUAUGCGCCACUUUUUUCAAAAUAAAAUGGAGGAAAUGGGCGGAAUUCUGCCAGUCGAUAACCGAUUUCGAGAACUACGGCAGACCCGGAGAUUUUAAUAAAGUCAAAGAUAGAUGCAACCUCCUUUCUUUGAUGUACAGCUUCUAUAUAUCCGGCGGGAUGUGCGUAUACGCGGUUAUCUCGAUUUUCGAAACGAAAUGCGACCAAGACGAGCAGAACAACUUCUGCGGCACCCUCACCCAAAUUAGGCUGCCCAUAGAAGGGGAAAUAUCGCCUGUUACAAUCAAAGUUAUAUUCGCCUUUCAACUUCUCGUCUGCAUUUGGGCGUGCGUGGCAGCCGGAAACCUGUUUUUCCUCUCCUACGAGUCCUCCGAGUUUCUCAUAUGCCACAUAAAUUGGCUGAAAAGAAACAUAAUAGGGAUUUUCGACGACGACGACGAGCUCUCGAGGAAAGGACAACUUAGAUUUUGCAUCGAAUACCAUAAUCAAAUAUUGGAUUGGGGCGAUGAUUUAAAUCAACUCACUAAAAGCACGCUAGGUCACAUGUCUUUAAUCGCUGCAAUCGUAAUGGGAAUGAUAGGAAACCAAAUAACUCAGAAAUACAAAAUGUUCGGAGCCGCGAUUUAUCUGGGCGGAUACAUUAUGUCCAUAUUUCUGUUAUCGCACGCGGGCCAGAGGUUAUGCGAUGAGAGCUUAUCCAUAUCCGAAGCGGUGUUCGAUUCGAAAUGGAACGAAGCGAGCAACGAAAUGAGAAAAGACCUAGCUUUCAUGAUAGCAAGAUCGCACGAGCCUUUGACAAUCAGUUCAUUGCCUUUGGGUACUUUUAAUUACGAUUUAUUCGUAACGAUGCUGAAGGCCUCUUACUCUUAUCUAACGCUGCUACAGCAGUCCACAUCGAACGAUGAAGAACAACCGUAA